UAACGACCACUGCGUGCGGCCGCGAGGGUGUCUCAGUGCUGAGUGAGGAAGGGUCCAGAGUCCACACGUAUCAGGUUCCAAAACAGGCAAAGUUAACCGAUGGGCGGGGCCGGGAGGACACCCCGGAGGGUCUGGUGCAGUCAGUGUUUGAUUGACUUGACUGAUUGGGUGCUGCUUUCCCGGCUGUAUUUGGAUGAGGUGUGCACCAACCUGCAUGUUUAUGAUUCGUGUACUCUCAUGUACGACGCACUUCAAUAAAUAGCACCAACGGAGGCAAAGGGGGAAAGGGCUGUGUGAGUCGUCAAGGGCAGGGAAGGGAGCUGACGCUGGUGAGCAGGUGCGCCCUCCCCCGUCUGGUGGGGGGCACAGGAUGGACCCAAACGGGAACAUCACAGCCCAGCGCCUUCAGAGCACCAGACCCUCGGCCCGCCUGACUUCCCCCACCCGUGAGGGGCCGGCCCCGCGGUCCACGCCCACCCCGCCCUCAGAGGAGGCUUUGUCGUCGGCACCAGGCCCUCUUUAGUGACAGAGUGCUGGCUCGGCCGGGGGUCCUUGGGGCAGGGCCGCCUUCAGUCAGCGUUUAACGUGGGGCAGGCGGGGUGCGUGCGUGCGUGUGUGUGUGUGUGUAAGUCUCAGAGGCAGGUCCGGAGCGGAACUCCCGUGCCCGCGACACCUGGAGGGGAGGUGGGCUGAGCACGGGCGCGGCUGGCCAGACUGCCUGCAGUGGUCUGAGCGCCAAGCAGCCGGGACAGGCCCGGGUGCCAGCUGCGCCAUCUAGCGGCAGCCCUCACGCUGCAGCCGGGCACACGCCCGUCACGGUGCCGCCCUCAGGAGGAGGGGCUCUGCGGAUGACUUUAAAGAUGCUGAGGAAGGCAGGAGGUCUCGUAGGACCGGAGGUAGCAAGAGGCCUAGAAAUGUCCGGAUCUGGGCGACCGCGCCUCCAGGGAAGAGGGGAGGUGCACUGAGGACCAGGAGAGAGACACUGAGCCCACAGGGCCGGCAACUGGGAGCUUGGGGUCCUGGCUGGGAAGUGACUGGACUCUGGUGGAGAGGCCCGGGGCCGCGCCUGGGCCGACAUUUGUCCAGCCCCGGAGGACGGAGUGUGAGGGGCCUCCCGGUGGAGCCAUGAGUUGAGCGGGACCCUGAGAACAAGGACCUCUUCCUGCUCCCUGGCAGGACGAUGCCAGCGCUCGGCCCCCAGAAGCAGCUGCUGGGUCCCCUCAACUCCACGUCCCCAGCCACCCCCCGCCUCGGGCUGGCCACCAACCAGACGGGGCCCCAGUGCCUGGAGGUGUCCGUUCCCGAAGGGCUGUUCCUCAGCUUGGGGCUGGUGAGUCUCGUGGAGAACGUGCUGGUGGUGGCCGCCAUCAUCAAGAACCGCAACCUGCACUCGCCCAUGUACUACUUCAUCUGCUGCCUGGCCGUGUCCGACCUGCUUGUGAGCGUCAGCAACGUGCUGGAGACGGCCGUCAUGCUGCUGCUGGAGGCCGGCGCCCUGGCCCCUCGGGCUGCCGUGGUGCAGCAGCUGGACGACGUCAUUGAUGUGCUCAUCUGCAGCUCCAUGGUGUCCAGCCUCUGCUUCCUGGGCGCCAUCGCCGUGGACCGCUACAUCUCCAUCUUCUACGCCCUGCGGUACCACAGCCUCGUGACGCUGCCCAGGGCGUGGCGGGCCAUCGCGGCCAUCUGGGUGGCCAGCGUCCUCGCCAGCACCCUCUUCAUCGCCUACUACAACCACGCGGCAGUCCUGCUGUGUCUCGUAAGUUUCUUCGUAGCCAUGCUGGCGCUCAUGGCGGUGCUGUACGUCCACAUGCUGGCCCGGGCAUGCCAGCACGCCCGGGGCAUUGCCCGGCUCCACAAGAGGCAGCACUCCACCCAGCAGGGCUUCGGCCUCAAGGGCGCGGCCACCCUCACCAUCCUGCUGGGCACCUUCUUCCUCUUCUGGGGCCCCUUCUUCCUCCACCUCUCGCUCAUCGUCCUCUGCCCUCAACACCCCACCUGUGGCUGCGUCUUCAAGAACUUCAACCUCUUCCUCACCCUCAUCAUCUGCAACGCCAUCGUGGACCCUCUCAUCUAUGCCUUCCGCAGCCAGGAGCUCCGGAAGACGCUCCAAGAGGUGCUGCAGGGCUCCUGGGCGGAUCCUCCGCAGCCAGCCCCGGCCCCAGCGCGUCCGCCUGCGUCCCGCAGCCGCCCGCCACACUCACCGAGCAUGAGGGAGAUCGUGCACAUCCAGGCCGGCCAGUGCGGCAACCAGAUCGGGGCCAAGUUCUGGGAGGUCAUCAGCGACGAGCACGGGAUAGACCCCAGUGGCAAUUAUGUAGGGGAUUCGGACCUGCAGCUGGAGCGCAUCAGCGUCUACUACAACGAGGCCUCUUCUCACAAGUAUGUGCCUCGGGCCAUCCUGGUGGACCUGGAGCCUGGAACCAUGGACAGCGUCCGGUCUGGGGCCUUCGGGCACCUCUUCAGGCCUGACAACUUCAUCUUCGGUCAGAGCGGGGCCGGCAACAACUGGGCCAAGGGCCACUACACGGAGGGUGCCGAGCUGGUGGACUCGGUCCUGGACGUGGUGCGGAAGGAGUGUGAGAAUUGCGACUGCCUGCAGGGCUUCCAGCUGACCCACUCGCUGGGGGGCGGCACGGGCUCGGGCAUGGGCACGCUGCUCAUCAGCAAGGUCCGCGAGGAGUACCCCGACCGCAUCAUGAACACCUUCAGCGUGGUGCCCUCGCCCAAGGUGUCGGACACGGUGGUGGAGCCCUACAACGCCACGCUGUCCAUCCACCAGCUGGUGGAGAACACGGACGAGACGUACUGCAUCGACAACGAGGCGCUGUACGACAUCUGCUUCCGCACCCUCAAGCUGGCCACGCCCACCUACGGGGACCUCAACCACCUGGUGUCGGCCACCAUGAGCGGGGUCACCACCUCCCUGCGCUUCCCCGGCCAGCUCAACGCCGACCUGCGCAAGCUGGCCGUGAACAUGGUGCCCUUCCCGCGCCUGCACUUCUUUAUGCCCGGCUUUGCCCCGCUCACCGCCCGCGGCAGCCAGCAGUACCGCGCGCUGACGGUGCCCGAGCUCACGCAGCAGAUGUUUGAUGCCAAGAACAUGAUGGCGGCCUGCGACCCCCGCCACGGGCGCUACCUGACCGUGGCCACCGUCUUCCGGGGGCGCAUGUCCAUGAAGGAGGUGGACGAGCAGAUGCUGGCCAUCCAGAGCAAGAACAGCAGCUACUUCGUGGAGUGGAUCCCCAACAACGUGAAGGUGGCCGUGUGCGACAUCCCACCCCGCGGGCUCAAGAUGUCCUCCACCUUCAUCGGCAACAGCACGGCCAUCCAGGAGCUGUUCAAGCGCAUCUCGGAGCAGUUCACGGCCAUGUUCCGCCGCAAGGCCUUCCUGCACUGGUACACGGGCGAGGGCAUGGACGAGAUGGAGUUCACCGAGGCCGAGAGCAACAUGAACGACCUGGUGUCCGAGUACCAGCAGUACCAGGAUGCCACGGCCGAGGAGGAGGGGGAGAUGUAUGAAGAUGAUGAGGAGGAAUCCGAGGCCCAGGGCCCCAAGUGAAGCAGCUGAAGGGGUGGGACGUGGCCGCGGCCGGGACCGAGAGGUCUGUCCCCUGAGCCAUGUAGCCCCUGACACACCCCUGCCCUUUCCCCCACCAGGCCCGGUCAUGUCACCCUAGGGCUCCCAAGUGUGUGUCCUUUAGUAUUUACAGCAUCCCCGCCCUGUGUGAGUCUUCUCAGCUGUCUUCCGCCAUAGGUCAAAUCCAUUUUGUGUGGCCCGUUUGUCUCUCUGCUUUAUUAUCAGCUCCAGGCCUGAUGUUUUAUGGUUUGUUUUGUUUUUUUUUACUGGUUUGUGUUUAUAUUUUGGGGGGAUACUUAAUAAAUUUAUUGCUGUCAGAUA